CCCAGCUGCUCCUUCCUGGAGAGCUUUGGGGAGCAGAUUAUUCUCAGGGAGAGAGACCACAAGGCACGCUGUGCCUUCUGGAUCUUUCCACAGCAUGGGGAGCUACAAACUUCUUCCCUCCAGUCUGAUUUGCUUCCUCCUGUUUCUUGUCCCCACCAAGACCUCCACGCCUGCGCAACCGCAGUACAUGGUGCUGGUGCCCUCGCUGCUGCACGUGGGCACGGAGGAGAGGGGCUGCGUGCUGGUGAGAAACCUCAACGAGACGGUGACCGUGAGAGCCGCCCUGGAGUCCAUCAGGGAGAACAGGAGCCUCUUCCGAGACCUGGAGGUGGAGAAGGAUUUGUUCAACUGUGUCCAGUUCACCAUUCCACCGAUUCCCACCAGCGAGGUCAUGUUUCUCACCAUCCAAGUGAAGGGAGAAACUCACGAAUUCAAGAAGCGCAGCACGGUGAUGAUCAAAAACAAGCAAAGCCUGGUCUUCGUCCAGACCGACAAGCCCAUCUACAAACCCGGGCAGACAGUGCAAUUUCGUGUGGUCUCAUUGGAUGAAACUUUUCGCCCCCUGGAUGAAGUGAUUCGACUGCUAUACAUUCAGGAUCCCAAAGGGAACCGCUUGGGGCAGUGGCAGAACCUCCAGCUGGACACGGGACUCCAGCAGCUGACCUUCCCCCUGGCCUCCGAGCCCCCACUGGGCUCCUACAGCAUCACCGUGCAAAUGGAGUCGGGGGUCACCGUCAGGCACCAAUUCACCGUGGAGGAAUUUGUGCUCCCCAAGUUUGAAGUGCAAGUAACAAUGCCAAAGGUUAUCACCAUCAUGGAACAAGAACUGAACGUCUCCGUGUGUGGCUUGUACACCUUCGGCAAGCCAGUCCCUGGCCUCGGGACGCUGCAGGUCUGCAGGGAAUACUUGGAACCCUCUUCGUGCCAUGGCAGGGAGUCGGAAGCCUUCUGCGAGACAUUCAGUCAUCAGCUAAACAGCAAUGGCUGCUUCACCCAGCUGGUGAAAACCAAAGCCUUCCAGCUAAGGAGACAAGAGUACGAAAUGAAACUGGAAGCCGAGGCCAAGAUCCAAGAAGAAGGCACAGGCGUGGAAUUAAAGGGCAAAGCAUCGAGCUCGAUCACAAGAACCAUCACCAAACUCUCCUUUGUCAGAGCAGACUCACACUUCAGACCCGGGAUCCCCUUCUUUGCGCAGGUGCGCUUAACGGACGGCAAAGGGGUCCCCAUGCCCAACAAGAUCGUCUUCAUCACUGCGAAUGAAGCCAAGCACCAGUCCAACGCCACCACGGACGAGCAGGGCCUGGUUCAGUUCUCCAUCAACACCACGGGCAUGACGGGAAAGUCCCUCACUGUAUCGGUGAAGCACCAAGACCAUCGCCCCUGCUACGACGGCUACCGCUGGCUGAGCGCGGAGCACGCCGCCGCGCAGCACACGGCCCGCCCCGUGUUCUCCCGGAGCGAGAGCUACGUGCGCCUGGCGCCGGCGCCGGGCCGGCUGCCCUGCCACCAGGAGCACUACGCGCAGGCGCACUACCUGCUCAGCCGCGCGCUCCUCCCCCAGCUCAGCGAGCUGGUCUUCUACUACCUGGUCAUGGCGAAGGGCAGCAUCCUGUGGAGCGGGCGGCAGACGCUGGCGGUGGCGCGGGAGGAGGACCUGCAGGGCCAGAUCUCGGUUUCGCUGCCCCGCGGGCCCCGAGCUGGCGCCCGCCGCGCGCCUCGUGGUCUUCAGCGUCCUGCCCGACGGCGAGACGGUGGGCGACGCGGCCAAGUACGAGAUCGAGCCCUGCCUGCCCAACUUGGUGGAGCUGAGCUUCGAGCCCGCGCAGAGCCCCCCCGGCCGCGCGCACGCGCCUGCGCGUGUCCUCCGCGCGCCAGGCCCUGUGCGCCCUGCGCGCCGUGGACCAGAGCGUGCUGCUCCUGAAACCCCAGGCCGAGCUGUCCGCCCCGCACCGUGUACGAUCUGCUGCCCGUGAAGGAUCUCACCGGCUUCCCCAGCGGGCUGGCCCCGCACGGGGAGGACAUGGGCGAGU